GCGGGGAGGAGGUUGCGGCGGGUUUGAAAGCGCCAGUUUCCUGGCAGCUGGGGCAGGCGUUGGUCUCGGCACUCCGGCUCCGCAGCAGUCGCGCUCGAGCGGGCGACUUAGCUCGGUGCGCGCGUCCUGGACGGAGCCUCGGUUCCAGCUGCUCUCUCAGCUCCCGCCCCCUUGCCUGAGCCUUUCCCGCCGCGCGGGCGCCGAGCCCCGGCUGUCGGCGCUGACCCCGCCCGGAGACCCCGCCGGCGCCGCCCGCGGGGCGCGCGCUCCCUCGGGCUCUCCUCAGCGGCCGGCGAGAGGGGCGGCUCGCGGCGGCGCGCGGCCAGCGGGCUGAGGCGGGGGCUCGGCGGCGGCGCCCCUCUGGCCGGGCUGUGCGCGGGGCCCGGAGCGGCACCGCGGCCGCCCGCGCGGGGGCUCCCCAUGGUGCAGCGGAGGUCGGGAUGUCGAAGACGUUGAAGAAGAAGAAGCACUGGCUCAGCAAGGUGCAGGAGUGUGCCGUGUCCUGGGCCGGGCCCCCGGGCGACUUGGGCGCGGAGAUCCGCGGCGGCGCCGAGCGCGGCGAGUUCCCUUACCUGGGGCGGCUCCGCGACGAGCCUGGCGGCGGCGGAGGCACCUGCUGCGUGGUCUCGGGCAAGGCGCCCAGUCCGGGCGAUGUGCUGUUGGAGGUGAACGGGACGCCGGUCAGUGGGCUCACCAACCGGGACACCCUAGCUGUCAUCCGCCACUUCCGCGAGCCCAUCCGUCUGAAGACAGUGAAGCCAGGCAAAGUCAUAAAUAAAGAUUUGAGACACUACCUGAGCCUUCAGUUUCAGAAAGGAUCAAUUGACCACAAACUACAGCAAGUCAUCAGAGAUAAUCUCUAUUUGAGAACCAUCCCAUGCACUACCAGGGCCCCCAGGGAUGGGGAAGUCCCAGGGGUGGACUAUAAUUUCAUUUCUGUUGAACAAUUCAAGGCGCUGGAAGAAAGCGGAGCAUUGUUAGAAAGUGGAACGUAUGAUGGAAAUUUUUAUGGCACACCCAAGCCUCCAGCAGAGCCUAGUCCUUUCCAGCCCGAUCCAGUUGAUCAAGUCCUCUUUGACAAUGAGUUUGACACAGAAUCCCAAAGAAAACGAACUACAUCUGUCAGCAAAAUGGAAAGGAUGGACAGCUCUCUGCCUGAAGAAGAGGAAGAUGAGGACAAAGAAGCUGUUAAUGGCAGUGGAAGCAUGGACACUCGAGAGAUGCAUUCUGAGUCAUCUGACUGCUGGAUGAAGACUGUUCCAAGUUAUAACCAAACAAAUAGCUCCAUGGACUUUAGAAAUUAUAUGAUGAGAGACGAGAAUCUGGAACCACUGCCCAAAAACUGGGAAAUGGCCUACACUGAUACAGGAAUGAUCUACUUCAUUGAUCAUAAUACGAAGACAACCACCUGGUUGGAUCCUCGUCUCUGCAAGAAAGCCAAAGCCCCUGAAGACUGUGAAGAUGGAGAGCUUCCGUAUGGCUGGGAGAAAAUAGAGGACCCUCAAUAUGGAACAUACUAUGUUGAUCAUCUCAACCAGAAAACUCAGUUUGAAAAUCCAGUGGAGGAAGCCAAAAGGAAAAAGCAGAUAGGACAGGCUGAAAUUCAUUCUGCAAAAACAGAUGUGGAAAGAGCACACUUUACUCGGGACCCCUCCCAACUUAAAGGUGUCCUUGUUCGAGCAUCACUGAAAAAAAGCACAAUGGGCUUUGGUUUUACCAUUAUUGGUGGAGAUAGGCCUGAUGAAUUUCUACAAGUAAAAAAUGUGCUCAAAGAUGGCCCUGCCGCUCAGGACGGGAAAAUUGCACCAGGUGAUGUUAUUGUAGACAUCAAUGGCAACUGUGUCCUUGGUCACACCCAUGCAGAUGUUGUCCAGAUGUUUCAACUGGUACCUGUCAACCAGUAUGUCAACCUUACUUUAUGCCGCGGUUAUCCACUUCCUGAUGACAGUGAGGAUCCUGUUGUGGACAUUGUUGCUGCUACCCCUGUCAUCAAUGGACAGUCUUUAACAAAGGGAGAGAAUACUCAGGAUUUUAAACUGGGAGCAAUGGUUUUGGAUCAGAAUGGAAAAUCAGGACAAAUCUUGGCCAGUGAUCGUCUUAAUGGACCAUCAGAUUCAAGCGAGCAGAGAGCAUCCAUGGCAUCAUCAGGCAGCUCCCAGCCUGAACUAGUGACUGUCCCCCUGAUUAAGGGCCCCAAAGGCUUUGGGUUUGCAAUUGCUGACAGCCCAACUGGACAGAAGGUGAAAAUGAUAUUGGAUAGCCAGUGGUGUCAAGGCCUUCAAAAAGGGGAUAUCAUCAAAGAAAUUUACCAUCAGAAUGUACAGAAUUUAACACAUCUCCAAGUCGUAGAAGUCCUAAAGCAGUUCCCAGUAGGUGCAGAUGUUCCAUUGCUUAUCCUAAGAGGAGGUCCUUGUUCACCAACCAAAACUGCCAAAAUGAAAACAGAGACGAAGGAAAAUUCAGGAAGUUUGGAGACUAUAAACGAGCCUAUUCCCCAGCCUAUGCCUUUUCCACCCAGCAUACUCAGAUCAGGAUCCCCGAAAUUGGAUCCUUCUGAAGUCUACCUGAGAUCUAAGACUUUGUAUGAAGAUAAACCACCAAACACCAAAGAUCUGGAUGUCUUUCUUCGGAAACAAGAAUCAGGGUUUGGCUUCAGGGUGCUGGGAGGAGAUGGACCUGACCAGUCUAUAUAUAUUGGGGCCAUCAUUCCUCUGGGAGCAGCUGAAAAGGACGGUAGGCUCCGUGCUGCUGAUGAAUUGAUGUGUAUUGAUGGUAUUCCUGUUAAAGGAAAAUCACACAAGCAAGUCUUGGACUUAAUGACCACUGCUGCUCGAAAUGGCCAUGUGUUACUAACUGUCAGGAGGAAGAUCUUCUAUGGAGAGAAACAACCCGAGGAUGAAAGCCCUCAAGCCUUCUCACAGAAUGGAUCUCCUCGCCUGAAUCGGGCAGAACUUUCAACCAGGUCUGCUCCACAGGAGGCCUAUGACGUUAUCUUACAGAGGAAAGAAAAUGAAGGGUUUGGUUUUGUCAUCCUCACCUCCAAAAGCAAGCCGCCCCCAGGAGUUAUUCCCCAUAAAAUUGGCCGGGUCAUAGACGGAAGUCCAGCUGAUCGUUGUGGAAGACUGAAAGUUGGAGAUCAUAUCUCUGCGGUGAAUGGGCAGUCCAUUGUUGACCUAUCCCAUGAUAAUAUUGUUCAACUCAUCAAAGAUGCUGGAGUCACUGUCACCCUGACAGUGGUUGCUGAAGAAGAGCAUCAUGGUCCACCAUCAGGAACAAACUCAGCCAGGCAGAGCCCAGCACUGCAGCAUAGGCCCAUGGGACAGACACAGGCCAACCACAUACCUGGGGACAGAAGUGCCCUAGAAGGUGAACUUGGGAAAGAUAUCUGCAGUUCUUACAGACAUUCCUGGUCUGACCACAAGCACCUUGCCCAGCCUGACACUGCAGUGAUUUCAGUUGUGGGCAGUCGGCACAAUCAGAGUCUUGGGUGUUACCCUGUGGAGCUGGAGAGAGGCCCCCGAGGCUUCGGGUUCAGCCUCCGAGGAGGGAAGGAGUACAACAUGGGGCUGUUCAUCCUCCGCCUUGCUGAGGACGGGCCUGCCAUCAAAGACGGCAGAGUUCACGUUGGUGACCAGAUCGUUGAAAUCAAUGGGGAACCGACACAAGGCAUCACACAUACGCGAGCAAUUGAGCUCAUUCAAGCUGGUGGAAAUAAAGUCCUCCUCCUUUUGAGGCCAGGAACUGGCUUGAUACCUGACCAUGGUGAUUGGGAUACUAGUAGUCCUUCAUCUUCCAAUGUCAUUUAUGAUGAACAGCCACCACUUCUCCCAUCUUCACAUUCUGCUUCCACAUUUGAAGAGUCUCAUGUGCCAGUAAUUGAAGACUCUCUGAUUAGAGUUCAGAUAUGUGAAAAGGCAGAAGACUUAAAGGACACUGUACAAGAAAAGAAAAGCACUUUAAAUGGAAUCCAGCCUGAGAUGAAAUAUCAGUCUGUCCAGAAAAAUGUGAGUAAGAAGGAUCCACCCAGAAGUUCUGGGCAUGGUGAGAAGAAUCUACUAAAAGGAGAGAAUGGUGUUACACGAAGAGGUAGAUCUGCUAGUCCCAAAAAGUCAGUUAAUCGACAUUCAGAGGAACAUUUGGAAAAGAUUCCCAGGCCCCCAAAAAGUGACCCCAAAGGAAAAUCUAGAGACCGGUCACUCAGCCCUAGGAAAGGAGAAAAUAAAGGUCAGCUCACCAUUAAGGCAGGCUCUGGACAAGAUCCCUGUAGAAAAGACAGAGGACGGUCUUCUAGCCCCAAGAAGCAGAUUGGAGGCAACAGCCUGUCAAACACUGAAGGCAAAUUAUCACAGGCUGGGGGCCGAAGAGCAGCAGGCCAGUCUAGUGACAGCACUGAACAGCUCCCAGAUGGGAAAGAAAAGUCAGGGGUCAGCAGGAAAGAUCUGAAGCAGAGUCAGCUGGGGAAAAACAGAACAAGGUCUCCAGAGAAAAAGAGCAAUAGAGUUGAUGAAACAUCUCUCCCAUCCAAAAAGACUAGCAACAAUGCUAGUAGGGUAAUGUCUGAAAAGGAAAAAGGAAAGAAGCCAACAGCAGGAGAAACAAGUAGAGACAAAACAGGAGAAAACGCCCAGGUCUCAGCAAAGCAGCUCAAGCAGGAACCUGAGAAGAUGGCAUUAAGUAAAGCAGAAGAUCACAAAAGCAAAGAAUCAGAGAUCACUGACAGAUGCAAGGAACGUGCAGGGGGCACACCUGAAAGUAGCUCUCCAGUCAAGAAAGCACCCAUCACUCCAGGACCCUGGAGGGUGCCACGUGCAAAUAAAGUCACAGGCACUACUGGCAUGGCUGACAAACAGCUAUGACCUUUUGUAUAAAACAAAGAAAAUUAAGUUGUAAUCUUGUACUUACAACAUUCGUAAGGGGGAGAGGUGUGGUUUAUCCCCAGAUAUUCUAUACCAGGUAGCCAGGCUGCAUGAAGGGCUUCUGGGAUUGCUAAGACCCACCUGGCCCUGGCUGGCUGCCCUUUCUCAUGCUCAGGAAGGAGCUGCAUCCAAGGGCUCACCUGCCAUGCCCUGCUCAGGCCACUCGCUCAGCAAUGACAUGAUCUUAGCAGUGUGGUCACAAUUCACUUUGUGUUUGUGCCAAGUUAUCUACUGUAUCAUGUCUGUUUUAUCCUUCCCAUUCUGAUAGUUCCAGUCAUCAAACAGUUCGGUUUGGCUUGAAGAUGUUUUCAAUAGCAUGUUGCAUGUUUACAGAGAGAAAUAUUUGAGUCCUUGCAGAGGAAGAAAUUGUUAGCUCACCAUUAAAGUGGGCACUUGCAUCUUCUCACAGCUUCUGACUGUCCUAGUUUAAAAAUGCAAUUCACAAACAUCACGUUACAGGAAAGGUCAAAUAUUAUAAAUGCUUUUUUUAUGGCUAAGUAAGGUGUUUAACUGUUAAAAGAUAUUCUUCCUUACAGUUGAAUGUUCAAAAUGAGAACAUACUCUAAGCCACAGAAUUAACAAGCUCCUGCCAUGUUAGCCAUCCCUUAUGUAGUAACAGUGUCUCAGAUCACCUGUAGUCUUGAGGGAAGUACAAGAAGCAUGUAGAAGUACCGCUUGUUUCUCUUUAAAGAAAAACUACUACACCUGGAUAUUGUGAUUAUUUAUCAUUAGUCCUUAAUAUAUAGUUGAAGACCCAAAAUAUUAUGUAGAUAUUUGCAAGGGACUUAAUCAUGAAGCCAGUUCUACAGUCCACUGCCAAACAAAGCACCAGCUUCUGUAGCACAGAGGAGUUCAUCUAGGGGCAGACACACGAGCAUUAGGGAUUUAGAAGUAGAACCUGUCUUGGGCUUCCUCAGCAAGUCAGGACUAAUAUGGUAUAGACUGUGUGUGUGUUGGAACUUUAAUUUUUAGCUAAUUAUUUAAAAAACAAAGUUUCUAGAGUUCCUUUUAAAGUCUAAUAAAAUGUUUGCUGAAAGCUGGAGACAAUUCUUAAACUCAUACACUAGAUCAAGACAUUAGUUCCUUGAAGCAACAUUCAGAAACAUCUAUAAAUACAGACAUUUCUCAGACCAAAACUGUCUAUUUAUGGAGUAUUUGAACACUCAUUCUGUUACCUUGUAAAUCUGACAAAUUCCACUGUGACAACUGUACUGGUCCCUGUCAUGGCACAUGCUCCCAUCCAGAACUGUAUUUAACCCAUCUCAAAACUACUUGAAUAUCGCAAAUUAGGAGGCUUGAUAAAUGCUAAGAAUUUAGUACCACAGAAAUGACUUAUUUUCCCUAUAGUCCACAAUUAGUGAUACAAAUCCUAUUUUUAUUGUUAACUGUGACAUAACUUUGAUGUCAUAUUGUCAAUAUGAUGUGGCUCUUCCUAAGUAACAUGUCACUGUACUGAUUAUAUACUGACUUAGCAAUGUGGCCUUGGAAUGCUGAGCAAAAUAUGGAUGUACUGGUUGUAAAUGUUUAUAUAUGUACAGUACCUUUAUAUAUAUAUACACACUUGAGGUUCUGAUUAGAGAAAGAUCUGUAAAUCGCUCGUUAUUUUUUAUAUAGAUAUUAAAAAAGAAAAAAGUUGG